UCUGUGAAAUUUGCAAUUAGCAGCUUCAGUAUAAAAUGCGAGGUGUAGUAACGAGGAGAACCAUUUGCAAUUUGUCAUUAAAAGAAAAGUGUGAAAAGAAAAAUAAUUAAAACAAAAAUGAAGUGCAUUCUUUUGUGUUGUGUUCUGGCAUUUUGUGCCCUACAAACAACUUCUGCAGACAGAUUGAUGGAUCAACUUUGGAAAUUGCAAUUUCAGGCAAUGGAACAAAUAAAUUCAAUUACAAAUCCAAUAAUGAAUCAAAUUCGGCAAGAAGUCGAAACUGCAAAAGCAAAUGGAAAAAAUGCUGAGCCUUGUUAUGAGAGAGGAAGAAUUUUAAUGAAAUCAUACGUUGAUCCCAGCUUCUCUGAAUUAAGAACAUGUCGAACGACUGCCCAUUCAGCCCAAAAUGUUGGGCUUGCAAUUUCCUGCAAUAACCGAGUUGUCGAGAUUUUUAGAGCAAAUGCAAAUACAGUUCGUCCAGUCGCUACUUCGUGCAUUACAAGUCUCUAAAUAAUUUUUUAACUCAUGCAUUUUAUAAUUUACAAUUCUAAAAACUAUUUGCUCAUUCGAUUUGCGAAAUAUGUGUUAAAACAAAUUUUGAUUUACAAUUAAUAAAAAACAUUUCCUUUUUAA